AUGGAGGAGGAGAACCUGGAGACAGAUGGCCCCAGAUCCUCCAUGCCGGCUGAGCUCCAACAUCUUCACUCUAAGUACUCUCAAUGGAAGUUUAAACUGUUUAGGGUGAAGUCCAUGGAGAAGGCCCCUCUGCCCAGUGAGACACAUCCUGAGAGAGGAGUCUUGUUAGGGACUACACCUCCCGCACCUCCAAAAAUAGACUUAGAUAAUGGUGUGGGUCCAGGGAGUGUUAUGAAAUUGUGCCUCGGGGGAAAAAGCAAAGAAAAUGUGGAGGGCCCUGGCCGGAGGGUAGAUAAGAAGCUACAGGAAAUGGACACCCACAUGAACCACCUCAGGUGUCUCUGCCGUCUCUGUGGAAUGGCCCUGAGGAAAGUCAAAGGACCAGUGCACGAAGUUCAUGGGGAUCUGGAUGAGGCAAGUAAAGGUGUCCUGCGUAAAAUGGGCUGCAAGUUUACAGGCUGGACAGAGGUCAUCCUCAAAGUCUUCAAAGUGGACGUGACAGAGGACACAGAAUCUGUCCACCCUCUUUCCUUCUGCCAUCGCUGCUGGAUGGCUGCCAUACGAGGAGGGGGUGUCUGCAGCUUCUCCAGAACAAGAGUCCCUGAGUGGAAACCCCACUCUUCCGCCUGCCACCUUUGCUCUCCCAAGAAAUGUUCAUUCCAGCGGACUGGGAGGAAGAGGAGGAAGACCAUUCCUAGAGCCCAGAGCCUGGCAAAAAGGACCAGGUGGGAGCACGCCGACAGCAUUGCCGUUGGAGAAAGGAGAGCUCUGAGACCCUUUGGAGACCGUCAUCAUGGUCCGGUGCUCAGGGGCUGGAGGAAACCCAGCAUCCAGAGAGAGAAAUGGGUGAGGAACAUCACCCACUGCCAGAAAGAACACCUGAGUACUAAGCUGAUCUCUGAGAAGCUCCCUGUGGACUUCCUCUUUUCUUUCACUUGCCUUGUGUGUGACCACCUGCUCUUUGAUCCAGUUCUGUCCCCCUGUGGGCACCUCUUCUGCCGCGGCUGUAUUGUAAAAUAUAACCACGUUCUGGGACCUCACUGUCCAGCCUGCAACUUGCCCUGCGCCCCUGAUGAUCUCAACCUGCCUGCCAAAGCUUUUUUAUCAGCUCUGCAUUCUCUGCCUCUGCUUUGCCCCAGAGGUAGCUGUGGCGAGCAGGUAAGGCUAGACUCAUUUAAAGCUCACUGUCUGAACCAUGAGCAGGAUGAACAGGAUGCAAACAAGCAUUCAUCAGAACUUGAUAACUACCUGUUAGCCAACAAAGGGGGAAGACCUCGUCAGCACUUGCUGUCGCUAACCCGUCGUGCCCAGAAGCAUCGGCUGAAAGAUCUGAAGAACCAGGUGAGGGUGUUUGCAGACAAAGAGGAAGGUGGCGACCUGAAGUCCGUGUGUCUGACACUGUUCCUGCUUGCACUGAGAUCUGGGAAUGAACACCGGCAGGCAGAUGAGCUUGAGGCCAUGAUGCAAGGCAGAGGCUUUGGGUUGCAUCCCGCAGUGUGCUUGGCCAUUCGGGUGAACACUUUCCUGAGCUGCAGUCAGUAUCACAAGAUGUACCGGACUGUCAAAGCCACCAGUGGCCGCCAGAUCUUUCAGCCCCUGCACACCCUCCGAGCUGCAGAGAAAGAACUUCUCCCUGGCUUUCACCAGUUUGAAUGGCAGCCAGCUCUCAAGAAUGUGUCCACAUCUUGCAAUGUUGGCAUUAUUAAUGGGCUCUCUGGAUGGGCUUCCUUGGUGGAUGAACCCCCUGCUGACACCAUCACUCGGCGGUUUCGAUAUGAUGUAGCUCUGGUGUCAGCAUUAAAGGAUCUGGAGGAGGACAUCAUUGAGGGGCUGAGAGAGAGUGGGAUGGAAGACAGUGCUUGCACUUCAGGCUUUACUGUCAUGAUCAAGGAAUGUUGUGAUGGCAUGGGCGAUGUCAGCGAGAAGCACGGUGGAGGACCAGCUGUUCCCGAGAAGGCUGUGCGUUUCUCUUUCACUGUUAUGUCUGUCUCUGUCCAAGCAGACGAUGAGGAGGAGGAGGUUACCAUCUUCACUGAGCCAAAACCAAACUCAGAACUGUCCUGUAAGCCCCUUUGCCUGAUGUUUGUGGAUGAGUCAGACCAUGAGACGCUCACAGCUGUCCUGGGGCCUAUAGUUGCAGAGCGUAAUGCGAUGAUAGAGAGCAGGCUCAUCCUGUCCAUGGGCGGCCUGCUUCGCUCCUUCCGCUUCCGCUUCAGAGGCACGGGAUACGAUGAGAAGAUGGUGCGAGAGAUGGAAGGCCUGGAGUCCUCGGGUUCCACAUAUAUCUGCACUCUGUGUGACUCCACUCGGGCAGAGGCCUCUCAAAACAUGGUGCUACACUCCAUAACCCGCUGUCAUGAAGAGAACCUGGAACGUUACGAAAUAUGGAGAUCCAAUCCCUUCUCUGAGUCUGUAGACGAGCUGCGAGACAGAGUCAAAGGGGUCUCUGCCAAGCCCUUCAUGGAGACCCAGCCCACACUAGAUGCAUUACACUGUGACAUUGGCAAUGCCACUGAGUUCUACAAAAUCUUCCAGGACGAGAUUGGGGAGGUGUACCAAAAGGUCAACCCUAGCCGGGAAGAGCGGCGCAGCUGGAGGGCAGCCCUAGAUAAAGAGCUGAGGAAGACGAUGAAGCUUAAACCGGUAAUGAGGAUGAAUGGGAACUAUGCCCGCAGGCUAAUGACCCUGGAAGCUGUGGAGGUGGUAUGUCAGCUGGUGCCUUCAGAGGAGCGGAGGGAGGCCCUGAGGGAGCUUAUGAGGCUCUACCUCCAGAUGAGGCCUGUGUGGCGCGCCACCUGCCCAGCCAAAGAAUGCCCUGACCAGCUGUGCCGCUACAGCUUUAACUCCCAGCGCUUUGCCGACCUCCUCUCCUCUACCUUCAAAUACAGGUACAACGGAAAGAUAACCAAUUACCUUCACAAGACCCUGGCCCAUGUGCCUGAAAUCAUAGAGAGAGAUGGAUCCAUAGGAGCCUGGGCCAGUGAGGGGAACGAGUCGGCAAACAAACUGUUCAGGCGUUUCCGGAAGAUGAAUGCACGUCAGUCAAAGGCCUUUGAACUUGAGGACGUUUUGAAACAUCACUGGCUCUAUACAUCCAAGUACUUGCAGAAGUUUAUGGAGGCUCACAAGGACUCUGCCAAGGCUCUGCAAGCUACCAUUGACCCAGUAGAGAUGCAGGAUAAUGAGGAUAUGUCUCUGGAAGUUAAUGAUUUUUGA